GAGGAAACGCCACUAUUUUUAGCUUCACGGGAAGGAGGUUUUGAAACAGUAAAGGUCCUGCUUAACCAGUAUGCAAAUAGAGACAUGACAGAUCACAUGGAUCGUUUGCCACGAGAUAUUGCCCUGGAGCGUCGUCACCACGACAUCGUGGAAUUAUUGGAUACUUACAAAAUUGCAUCUCCGGCUACAGCUGUUCAUUUGGGGGUGACCUCACCAAAUAACCAUUCGGGAAUUGUGAGUGUUGGUGGGUACAUGCAUCCCAUCAAACAGAAAGCUAAGAGCCGGAAGAAUAAGAAUGCUCCAGUGAAAGAUCCUGGUCCAUCUUCACCACAUAACGGCACUACUGGUGUUCCUGUUAUCAGUGUGAAAAGUAACUCUAGGAAGAAGAAGGCAGAUGGUGAAAGUGCCGCCAGUAGGAAGAAGAACCAGCAGCAGCAGCUGCAACAGAUGCCAUUAUCGUUGGUUUCCUCACAAAACCAGACUCAAGUCCGCCAUCAGUCCACGAGUGAUGCUUCACCUAUGAGUACCAUUUCCCCAGGAGGUUAUUCCAUAGACUUGCAUCACUCACCUCAAGCUUAUGAGACAUCCCCUCCAAGAUAUGAGAACUCUCUCAAUGGAGGCAGGCAUCUUCUAGAUGAUUUCCAAGUGAUGGCUGGACAUUACAGCUCACCAUCUCUCAUGGAUCAUGCAAAUGUAGAAAACUUGCUGACUGACUGGACCAUCCCACAAUACAAGCAUCAGUUGCCGCCACAGAAGCAGCAACACCAGCUGCAACAACCUUGUGGUGGAGGCUUGGUGGCCACGUUACAAAAUGGCCAUUUAGCAUCUUCUGGGGGUGGGAGCUCUCCUAACCUUCAGACCGGGCUAGUCGGUGGAGGUUCAUCUGCCGGCAUUAUGGGGUCAGUAGGUCAUGCACCGCCUUCAUCCAUGAAGGGCAAAAAUUUAGCCAUGUCACCAACUCACAUUCAGGCACUCCAACAGCAUGCACAGCAACGAGCUGCACACGGGAGCCCCCACCAUCGAGCAAAUGACUUUCCCGCUUCAUUCCAGCUGGAUGGGACCACCCAGCUCCCGGGCCCCCAGACAGUGGCACAACUCUUUUCAGGAAGCAUGCAGCACAAGAUGGUCCAGCCACAGCAGCAGCAUCUUCACCAACAGCAGCAGCAGCAAACAAUACAGCAGCAACCGCAACAGUUGCAGCAGCAAGGGGGUUACACCCUGACUCUGGAGCAGUACCCAACACCUCCCUCACACAACAGUCAACACAUCACAGAUUCGCCUCCACAUCAGCACAAUACAUUCAGCUCAUUCCGCCCUGACCAUCUCCUCACCCCUUCGCCAGAUUCACCUGGACAGUGGUCCAGUUCAUCACCACAUUCAGCCCAGUCUGACUGGUCAGAAGGAAUCUCCAGUCCGGCCCCAGCUAUUACUGGGGUGCCAAACCCUCUAAGGAACAAACGUUUACAAGAACAUGCCUAUUUUUAA